GGCGCAGCAAAAUUCAGCCCUAAUGGCCAGUUAAUUGCAUCGUGCGGCGACAAGUUAAGAAUUUGCGAUACAUCUUCAGGCGAAUGUGUGCGAACGUUCACCCGGGGAAGAGGUAUGGGACGACAGCUGGCAUGGCAUCCAGACGGUAAUCUGGUGGCUUUAGCAUUAAGUUGUAACCGCGUUAAGAUAUUUGACAUAGCCGAAGGCGAGCUAAUACAGUUGUAUCAAGUGCAUUCGUCGCCGGAGAAUGAUGUUGCAUUUCACCCAGGUGGAAAUUUCUUGGUGACUGGCGGCGAUGACGAUAAAAUAACAUUGCUUGAUUUAUUAGAAGGUCGACCAAUUUAUACACGGUAGUAGUGCACAUUAGCGGAACCAGGUCAAAAUGGACGGGAAAAUUAUACACUAACUGGCCAUACUGACAGAGU